UGUUUCUUCCUCCCAUCAUCCAGCGGGACAGCUCACAGGCAAACUGCUCCGCUAAUGUAACCCUUUCAAUACAUCCCUAAAUAUUAAUUUAACCAGAGGAUAAUUUAAUACGGUCACCAAUACGCCGCUCUCCGUCGCGUGAGCGUCCUCGGUCCAGUUCCAUCGUUUUGCAUGUAGCUGCAGGCUUCAGUCAUGGUUUAACCUGUUAUGUUAGAAAUCCGACCGCUGUUUGGUGUCUUGGUUAACUACAGGUGGACGCUAAAGACACACGGUGGCCUGAACAGGUUCCUGAGAGCAAUGAGUGAAGGAUCUACAGAGCAGCAGACAGCUAAGCUGUUGAAGCGAACGAAUGAAGAAAAUGAGGACUCCAGUGAGAGGCUGCAAGCUGCCAAAAAAAUCAAAACAGAUGAACACACGGAAGAUGAAAAGAGGUUUCCGAAAAAGAAAGUUGUCCUUCUGUUGGCAUACUCCGGGAAGGGAUACUAUGGCAUGCAGAGAAAUUCUGGGACCUCUCAGUUCAGGACCAUCGAGGAUGAUCUGGUGACUGCUCUGGUGAAAUCUGGCUGUAUUCCUGAGAACCACGGCGAUGACAUGAAGAAGAUGUCUUUCCAAAGAUGUGCCAGAACAGAUAAGGGUGUGUCUGCGGCUGGCCAAGUGGUGUCUCUGAAGGUGCGAUUGAUCGACGACAUCAUCAAAAAGAUCAAUGAGCAUCUGCCAGCGCAGAUCAGAGUGCUCGGACUGAAACGGGUGACUCAAGGUUUCAACUCCAAAAACAACUGUGACGCUCGUACGUACUCGUACAUGCUUCCAACUGUGGCCUUUUCUCCAAAAGACUAUGACACUAAGAAAAUCGCAGCCUUUCGCCUGGAAGCAGAGACGCUUCAGAGAGUGAACCGUCUCUUCUCCCUCUAUAAAGGCACCCAUAACUUUCACAACUUCACCUCCCAGAAGGCUCCGAGCGACCCCAGCGCCCGCCGCUACAUCACGGAGAUGUCCUGCGGGGAGCCUUUCCUCUGCAGCGACUGUGAGUUCGCGGUGAUCACCGUGCGCGGCCAGAGCUUCAUGCUGCACCAAAUCCGCAAGAUGAUCGGCCUGGUAAUCGCCGUGAUCAAGGGCUAUGCCAAGGAGGACGUGAUGGAGCGGAGCUGGGGACAGGAGAAGGUGGACGUUCCCAAAGCUCCGGGGCUGGGGCUGGUCCUGGAAAGAGUCCACUUUGACCGCUACAACAAGCGCUUCGGAGGGGACGGGCUUCACGAGCGCCUGGAGUGGGAUCGCGAAGAGGCGGCGAUCAAGGCUUUUAAGGAAGCUCACAUAUACCCCACCAUCGUCGAGACGGAGUGUCAAGAGGGCUCCAUGGUCAGCUGGAUGUCCACGCUGCCCAUCCACGACUUUGAAACCACCGCUGGGGAAACACGGGACAACAAGGAUCAAAAACAGGAAAAUGCAGAUGAAGGAAAUGAAUCUGAUUAAUUCACUGGCUCGACAGAAACUGGCAUUUUCUCACCCAGACAUUCUUUCUUUUCAUGGAAACUAGCUUUUAUUUACAGUCAGACAGUGCUGAAAUCCGUUUUUUUAUGGUGAUAAAUUCAUGUUUCUCAUUUACACAUGUUUAUACCAAAUAAGAAAAUAAAAGAAGCCUCU